UUUGGGGGGGGGGGGGGGUGCUCUCUCUCUCCAGAUGCUGCACUUCCAAAAGAGUUGAAGGACUCAAAUUUCAAGUCUCCCCCAAUUCCUCCACCCAAUCCUGCUCCUUCUCCAGAAAAAAAGGAGAGAAAGAACAGAGGCUCUACGAAAAGGAACAGAGGGGGGUGCAGAAUAGACAACAAAACACAGAGCCUGACGGCCAUCUCCUAAUUGGCCCUUCUUCUCCUCUUCUUGCAUCUGGAGCAUCGGCGAAAGGUUGUAGCCUCCCCCUCCUGGAGAGGAUGCCCUCCGAGCAGAUGAACGGCGCAAAUUACCGGGAAUUUCUGAAGAGCUUCAUGGGAAUAGCGAGGGUCCUUCAGGUGCUCAUGGGGGCCGGGCUGUGGGCCACCAUGGCUGCCAACAAGUACGACGGUCCGGUGCACUUUGCGCUGUUGGUGGCCGUCCUCUUCUGGCUCCUCACGGUGGCGCUCUUCCUCCUCACGCUGCUGGGCAAGCAGGAUGCGGUGCCGGUGGCAGGGGGUGAGCACUGGUUGCUAAGCAACGUGGUUCACGACGCGGCAGCGGUGGCGCUCUACCUGCCCGCCAUCGGCGUCCUGGCCUACAAGACAGCGAAGAGCGCCUACUGCAACCUAGAGCACUACGGGCCGCCGUGCCCCUACCGCGCAUACCUCUCCGCCACAGCCCUCUCCGGCCUCACCGCCUGCGCCUACUUUACCUCCACCGUUUACGCUUCCUGCAGGAAAUGUCGCGGUGAGCAGACUCUGUUUUGAGGGCGGGAGGGGACAAGUCCCAAAAGACCAUGGUUUCGGGUUGGGGGGCUGGGGGGGGGGGGAUACAUGGUGUUUUGUUGAAAGCUCUGGGGAGAGGGUCGUGUUGGUGACACGCUGCUGCAUGCCUGGCCUCUGAAGAUAAACGUGUUCUUUCCAUCAGGCUGAAGCUUCGUUGCUUGUCUCGGUUGCCGUUUGCUUCAGUAAUUUAAGAAUGUUCAUGAAAGAAUGUUUCAGGCAGCAGGUCUCUGUGUUUCUGUGUGAGUCCAACGCCCUGGAAUGUAUAAGAGGUGUUUGAGCUGACUUGCAAAAAAGAGAAACACCUUCAUAAUGGGCUUCGUAGCCCAGAAAGAUCUGUGUUCUUGUUCAAAUUUUGAAGAAAACAUCACGAUGUCUGUUGGAAAAAGAGAAAGUUGAAUGGAUGAUACAGAUGGACCACUGGCAGAAGAUUGAUACUGUUUCAAGUGUAUUUUUGUCACAACAAAGUCUUUUUCUUACGAAAAAAUAUUAAUGCAAAAUAAAUCUCAGUGUCAGUAA